AAUUCCUUCUCCAACUCCGUUCAUCUACCAUGACCCUCCAAGCUGAUUCAGCAGCAGCAGCAGAGCCACAACCACCGGAUUCCGCAACAACCAACGGCGUCUCCACCACCGCUGACGAAACCCCACAGCCACCGUCAUCACCUCCUCCUCCGCCAUCGCGUCCGACCCCGCCGCCAGAGCUGCGCGUCCCAAUAUGGUGGCCGGAGAACGGGAACCUGAGCAUGGAAUGGAUAGAGAACCUGAUGUCGUGCUUCGAUUGGUCUUCGCGGAACCUCCCUCCGUCGGAGUUCCCCUCGGCUCUCCCCGUCCACGUCUUCGACUCUCUCAUCCUCAUCGCCUCCAAGAUUCUCCACAAGGAGCCCAAUUGCGUCACCAUAGACCCCUUCCGCCCUAGCCCCGACGAUUCCUCUUCCUCCUCCUCCGCCGCCUCCGUCGUCGUCGUCGGCGACGUUCACGGCCAAUUGCACGAUCUGCUUUUCCUCCUCCGAGAUGCCGGGUUCCCCUCCCGAGAUCGAAUCUUCGUCUUCAACGGCGAUUACGUGGAUCGAGGAGCUUGGGGCCUUGAAACCUUCUUACUCUUGUUGGCUUGGAAGGUAUUCAUGCCACAUAACAUAUAUAUGUUACGAGGGAAUCAUGAAUCAAAAUACUGUACAUCAGUUUAUGGUUUUGAGAAAGAAGUAAUGGUAAAGUAUGGUGAUAAAGGUAAGCAUGUGUACCGGAAAUGUUUGGGGUGCUUUGAAGGUCUUCCUUUGGCUUCUAUUAUAGCUGGGUGUGUAUACACAGCUCAUGGAGGACUUUUCCGCAGUGUAACUGUGACACCAUCAAAGAGGUUUAAAGGAAAGAAGAACCGGAAGAUUAAUGUUAACCAUGAUAGCAAAAUUCUAUCUCUAGGUUCCUUGGAAGAAUUGUCUAAGGCUCGUAGAUCAGUGCUGGAUCCUCCUUGGGAAGGCCCAAACUUGAUUCCUGGUGAUGUUUUGUGGUCCGAUCCAUCAAAAACUCCUGGUCUUGCUCCAAACAAAGAAAGAGGCAUUGGCUUGUUGUGGGGUCCUGAUUGUACUGAAGAAUUUUUGAAGAAGUACCAACUGAAGUUGGUCAUCAGGUCACAUGAAGGUCCUGAUGCUAGGGAAAAAAGGGAUGGUUUUGGUGGAAUGGAUGAAGGUUACACUAUUGAUCAUAUUGUAGAUUCUGGAAAGCUGGUUACUGUGUUUAGUGCUCCAGAUUACCCACAAUUUCAGGCAACGGAGGAGAGGUAUAACAACAAAGGUGCCUAUGUAGUCCUAGAACCCCCGAAUUUUGAUAAUCCUACAUUUCAUGGCUUUUCAGCAGUUACUCCAAGGCCGAAGGUGAAUGCCUAUUACGAUUACGUAGAGGUGAUAGACUCCGAUGAAGAAUUGGACUUGGCUUCCAUGGUAACUACUUGAGAAAAUUUUGUGAGAAGAAAAGUUGUCAGAUUUGUAAAAAUUGUAUUGUUAUUUAUUUUUUCGAAAUACAGAUUUUAUCAUUAACUUAGAUAAUUAUUAAUCAUAUAUCCGAUUUAUCAAGUUUGUGAAAUCAAUUGACCCAAAA